UAUAAAGGAGAGAGCCCCGUACUCUGGGGGCCCAGUACCGUUCAAAGAUGCAGGCUGCCGGGACGCUGCGUGGUACCAGGGCCAUAUUAUCCCUUUUGGUACUCCUGGUACCUCUCAUUAGCUAUGCCUAUUCGAAUCCCAUUCAAUAUUUGCCCAGCAUCCCGGGAUACAUUCCCGUUUAUAUAAGAUAUGGAGAUGAACCAUUGGCGGGAAUAAAUCCCGACUUGGCCGAAGCUUUCGGAGAAACAUCGAAUUCGGUUAAGAGUUUGCAGAAAAUAGACCACACUCUCAUUCACGGCUCUGACAAUUUUAAAGAUGACGACAUAGACACUUUUCUGGAAGAAUCGAAGGAAGAACAUGCAUAUCCAUUGCACGUUCGGGCAGCAGAAAGUCGAUCAUUCGCCACUGUAAACGACGACUCGGGAAAUCCUAACAAACCAAAGCUUCUAAAUAUUUAUCAAUUACCUGAUGAUGAUGAUGAUCAUAAUGAUAACAGGCGACGUAGGCGCUAUCGAGGAAGAUCUAGGGUGAAGAAUUUUAGAAAACGACCCGCACUUAAGGUUAAUCCACUUUCCGAAGAAGAAAGGGAAGAAUUGGAAAAACUGGCGAUUGAGGUUGAAAAAGAAGAGACUAAACCGAAUGAGUUCUAUGCUCCAAAUCCCAAAUAUUCUGGAUUAUAUAAAUCGCAAAAUUUUGUCGCACCAAUAAAAGUACAAAUUCCGUUUGACGAUUCGUUGACAAAUCUACCGAAAAUUCCUCAAAGUAAUGAUUUUUCACAAUUCUUGGAUCAAGAUGUUUUUGAAACAGGAAAACAGGAACCACCAAUUAAGGAGCAACGUCCAUCUACGAUUUUGUCUAAUGUAGAUAAAAUAUCGCCUAUUGAUUUGCCAAAUGAAAGUGAGACUAAUGAACAUACUAUAUCUGAAGGAGAAAAAAUUAAAAAACAACCACUUACUAUAAAGGCAGAGUUACCAGAAAUCCCUCGAGACAUGAACCUUUCAAAAUCUCAGAACGAACACAAUACUGCAACUGAAGCUGAUAAAGAGGGACUACUUCUUAACGUACAACGUCCAGUAACAGUUUUGUCAAAUGUAGAUAAAAUUUCGCCCAUCGACUUGCCAGAUGAAAGCACAAUUGAUAAGGAUAAUAAAACAAAAAAUUGUAACUAGCCAACCAAGAGUCACGCCACGAGAGUCAAACGAAUUAGAUAAUUAAGACUUUUGAAACUAAAUUUUUUCAUAACUUAUUUGUAGCGAUAAUACCAGAUAUGCCAGACGACUUACAUUUUUUGUUAAUUAUUUUUAGAUUCUUACGAAUAAAAAAAAUAAAAUUUUUUCAUUACGAAAUUUAUGAAAAAUAAUUUAUCGCAAUGAUUUCGCAUUUGUUAGUAAUUUUCAAUAUAAAUAGUUCAAUUAAAAUAAUUUUUAUAAGUUAUUUCGUGAUGUAUGGCAUAAAUAAAUAAUUUAUUAUAAAAGUUUCUCAAAAAAAUCGAGAUCUAAAUGUAUCAAAGUAUUUGUAGUAAGAAAAAUGUAAUUGAUUUUAGCAAUCUUGUUUAUAUUAUAAAAGCAAUAAGAUCCAAACAAAAAUCACUUGUGUAAAAGAGGAGCAUUUCCACGAUUGUAAUUUGUAUUGUUUAUCAUGAGAUGACCUAUCAUUUAUGCUAUUAUAAAAAAUAUAUCAUUAUCAUUAACAUAUCACUAUCAGACAUUACAGUCUUUUGUGACUGUUACUGCGAUCUUGUAAAAUUUGUUCGCGCCUUGUAAAUUAUGUUAUGACAACUAUUGUGUAAAGUUAUUUUAAAAUGUUUCUAAUAAAAUCGCUAACUGAUGUAUUGA